AUGAUGGCACAAAUUUGAAUAUUAAAAAAUAUUACCAUCUUAAACUCCAACUGGUAUAAGAAUAUUUUGAAAAUGAUAUAAAUUAGUAAAUUAUAUGGCAAAAUAUUCUUGAAAACUUAUUAUUUACAAAAAAAAAAUGUUUUUUGAGGUUAUGUCUUAUAACCUCACUCCAACGGUUAUUUUUCAAUAUUUACUAUGGAUCCCGACGAAGUAGAAUUUUUAGGCGAGAAACAAUAUAUCACGAUAAUCCCGACUUUCAAUAGCAACGUGAUACAUUUAAUUUCCGGAGAUGUGGGACCAUUCAGAGCGAGUAUUCCCGUGCGGGUGCCCCUUUGGAUGGCGAUUAACUUGAAACAGCAACAGAAAUGCAAAAUCCAACAACCCGAUUGGAUGGAAGUGGAAAAGUUGGAGGCUGUGAAGGAGGAUGAAAAGAAUUCCAGGACAUUUACUAAAAUGCCUGACAGACAUUAUAUUGUUGUAGCAAAAUUACUUUUGGGGCAUGCUUCUGAUGACAUACCAAGGGCAGAUGAAAUACGCACAAUCAUUAAAGACAUUUGGGAUAUAAGAAUGUCUAAAUUACGAUCAUCAGUCGAUAUUCUGGUGAAAAGUACUGGUUCUUAUGCUGCUAUAGAUCACUUAACUUCAAUGGAGAUUAAUUCAAUUAGACCAAUCCUUCCUCAUGCACUAGACACAAUUUAUAGGCUGAAAACUUCAAAACCAGGAGCAGGAUCUCAAACUCAGGGAACAACUUCAUUUUCCCGAUCAAGUACUUCUUUUCAUAGUUAAGCAUUAUUAUAACAUUAAAAAUAUAUUUUUAUAUUUAA